AUGAAGGGCGAGAUUCUUCACCUUCAUCUCGGUCAGGCCGGUACCCAGCUGGGUAACUCUGCUUGGGAGCUUUACCUCCUCGAGCACGGCCUCGGCUCCGAUGGUCGUCCUGAUCCCAACGCCAAGGAUAUCGUCGAUGGCGGUUCUUACGAGACGUUCUUUACCGAGACUAGCAAUGGCAAAUACGUUCCUCGCUCCCUCUUCGUCGACCUCGACCCCUCUCCCAUUGACGAGAUCCGGACUGGCGGCUACCGCCAGCUCUUCCACCCCGAGCUGUUGAUCAGUGGCAAGGAGGAUGCUGCCAACAACUACGCUCGUGGCCACUACACCAUCGGCAAGGAGAUGGUCGACAAUGUCAUUGACCGCGUUCGCCGCGUCGCUGACAACUGCCACUCUCUCCAGGGCUUCCUGAUCUUUCACUCCUUCGGUGGUGGUACCGGCUCCGGCUUCGGUGCCCUCCUGCUCGAGCGUCUCUCCACCGAAUACGGCAAGAAGUCGAAGCUCGAGUUCGCCGUCUACCCCGCCCCCCGUGUCUCGACCGCCGUUGUCGAGCCCUACAAUGCCGUCCUGUCCACCCACAGCACCAUCGAGAACUCGGACUGCACCUUCCUCGUUGACAACGAGGCUGUAUACGACAUCUGCCGUCGCAACCUCGACAUCCCCCGUCCCGGUUACGAGCACCUGAACCGCCUGAUCGCUCAGGUUGUCAGCUCCAUCACCUCAUCCCUCCGCUUCGACGGUGCCCUCAACGUCGAUCUGAACGAGUUCCAGACCAACUUGGUCCCUUACCCCCGUAUCCACUACCCUCUGAUCAGCUAUGCUCCUGUCAUCUCGGCCAACAAGAGCUCCCACGAGAGCUUCAAGGUCCAGGAGCUUACCUUCCAGUGCUUCGAGCCCAACAACCAGAUGGUCGUCUGCGACCCCCGCAACGGCAAAUACAUGGCUGUCGCCCUCCUCUACCGCGGAGACGUCGUCCCCCGCGACUGUAAUGCUGCCAUUGCCGCCCUCAAGGCCAAGUCCUCCUUCAACCUUGUCGAGUGGUGCCCCACUGGCUUCAAGCUCGGCAUCAACUACCAGAAGCCCAUGGCUGUCCCCGCCGCCGCCGGCGACGGUGGUCUUGCCUCCGUCGACCGCUCCGUCUCCAUGCUUUCCAACACGACUGCUAUCGCCGAGGCCUGGUCGAGACUGGACCACAAGUUCGAUCUCAUGUACAGCAAGCGCGCCUUCGUCCACUGGUACGUUGGCGAGGGUAUGGAGGAGGGUGAGUUCAGCGAAGCCCGUGAGGACCUUGCCGCGCUCGAGAAGGAUUACGAAGAGGUUGCUGCCGACUCGUUCGAGGCCGAUGAGGACGACGCCGAGUACUAA